AUGGACUCGCUGGAUGUGUAUUAUAAUGAAACGUUUGAGACACAGAACCACAAUGAUGUGGAGCGAGAACCAUCAGCCUGUCUGUACUCCCACCGAGCAGAUCAGGUGCCGUAUUUAGAGCUGCAUAGUAACGCUGCACUUGAGAAUCAGAAUAGAGAGUUGGCUCCCUAUGAACUGCCAUCCUGUCAGCAUGCCCCCUCAACUGGGUAUCUCCAUGGAGAAGGCGUGCAAGCUGAUUCCUACCAUCCAAGGACUGACGAGUCGACAGGGCACUUGGCUUUUCCAUGGAUGAGAGCGUCAAGAUCGCAAAUCUGCCAGGCACCUAUGACAGACCUGGACGAGCAGAAGCGAAGCCGUACAGCAUACAGCAGGGCACAGCUGCUGGAGCUGGAGAAAGAGUUUCUGUUCAAUCGCUACAUUUCCCGGCCACGCAGAUACGAGCUGGCAACGAGCCUGAACCUCACCGAGCGCCACAUUAAAAUCUGGUUUCAGAACAGACGCAUGAAGUGGAAAAAGGAGGAAGCAAAGAGACACCGAGGCACACGGAAUCAAGAGCUACAGGAGGAACAAGAUGCUGACUCAACUGUAGCAACACAUGUCUGA